AUGGAUCAUAUGAAAGAAAAAGAUGGAAACACAAUACGUAUUAAAAUAUUGUGUCUUGGUCCAUCAAAGAGUGGUAAAAGUACUAUAUCAAAUUAUUUAGCUGAAUCUAUAGAAUUAAGAUCAUUAGAAUACCAUCCAACACAAGGUACUAGAAUUGUUGAAUUUGAAAGUAGUAAUUUAAAAUUAAAUGACCAAUUAAUUGAAGCUGAAGUAGAGUUGUGGGAUUGUAGUGGAGAUCCUCAAUUUAAACGUUGUUGGCCUAUUAUAAAAAAAGGAGCUCAUGGUAUUAUGUUUGUAUGUAAUCCAGAAAAUGACAAAGGAUCAGAUUUGGUUGAUUGGUAUAAUGAUUUUGUAAAACCAUUGGAUAUGAAUUUAAACAGUAUUAUUGUAUUUCUUCAUCAUACAAGUGAUAAUACUAAUGAUAGUGCAGUUGCAGCAUUUCAAUUACCAAAACAAUUAUCUGGAGUUACCGUUAUGCCAACUAAUAUAGAUAAUGAAGGAGAAAAUUUACGUUAUGCAUUUAAUAAUUUUCUUUGUAAUAUUAUAACAAGUAUUCAAAAUAAUCCAAUACCAAUUGAUGAUGAUGAUAUGGAAUACAAUGAAGAUAUAUCUGUUGAGGAAAAUGAAAGUGAUGAAUAUAAUGAAAGUAUGCCUGAUACCGAAAAUAAGACAAAUAUUUAG